AUGGUCACUGAACUCGAGAGACCUGUCGAAGAUCUGGUUGCGGCGGAGGAGGAUGUCGAGGAGGUGGGGCAUGGAGGCGACAUCAAAAAGGCCAAGGACGCGGGUUUCCACACUUGUGAAUCGAUGCUCAUGCAGCCCAAGAAGCGGCUUGUGGAGAUCAAGGGUCUAUCUGAGGCCAAGAUAGACAAACUGGUGGAGGCAUCAAGAAACGCCUGCCCCAACUUCGGCAUAAUGAGCGCCAGAGAUUUUGAGGGACAGAUUACAGAGAUCUUUGGAGAGUGGCGAACGGGCAAGACUCAGCUCUGCCACACGCUCUGCGUGACAACUCAGAUGGGAGAGGGACUGGCGGCCGGACGUGUGGCGUACUUUGACACGGAAGGAACCUUCCGUCCUGAGCGCAUCCGGCCCAUCGCCGAGCGUUUUAACCUGGAUGGCGACGCUGUGCUGAGCAAUGUUCUGUAUGCACGGGCCUAUACCUUUGAGCAGCAGUACGACCUGCUGGAGCCGCUGGCGGCGAAGAUGGCGGAGGAGCCCUUCAAGCUCCUCAUCAUGGAUUCCAUUGCGGCCAACAUGCGUGUCGACUACUCAGGGCGAGGUGAGCUGGCUGAGCGACAGCAGAAGCUGGGCUUGCUGAUGAACAGGAUGCGCAAGCUUGCGGAUGAGUUCAACAUUGCCAUACUCAUCACCAACCAAGUCAUCUCUGACCCCUCUGGAGGAGCAAUGUUUGUGGUUGACCCCAAGAAGCCCGUGGGUGGGCACGUGAUGGCGCACGCCUCCACCAUCCGCUUGUCUGUGCGCAAGGGCAAAGCCGAGCAGAGGCUGAUGAAGGUGGUGGAUGCCCCGAAUCUGGCCGAAGCCGAGGCUUCCUACGCCAUCAGUGGCCAGGGCAUCAUCGACUACAAGUGCGAGGGCUGCUAG